AUGUCGUUCUGGAGUUCAUAUAAAGGCCUCUCGCCCAAGACACGGGCGCUCUUCGGAGUCGGAGUCAUGGCGUGGGCGGCGGUUGGGCUGUGGAUGACGCCGCAGGUGGAGGGGGCGAUUGGCCUGACGCCGACACCCGAGGAACAGCAGGAAUUGGAUCGGAAAUUGGCGAUCCGGGUCUCGAGGGUCGAGAGGUAG